CUAUGGCGUAAUUACGAACCAGUUUUGAUUUUUUAAUGAAACUCGAAAAAUAGUGUUACGAACAAUCGUAUAGGGUGUGCUUCGAAUGCAAAUAUGCAAAAGUUGGCAAUUGUUGUAAUUGCUGCAGUCCUCACUGUCGGCUGGGCGGAAUUCUGCAAUGUUUGUCAUCCGGCAGGAUUCGCUUGUGAUUCCGAAACCUCAUACAGAGUAUGUACUGGAGGUAAAAUGAUCGGGAAAUCGAUACAAUGCGAAUAUGGAAUGAAUUGUACUGAUCAUCCUCAAAUUUGUGCAUUGAGUCGACCGGCAUGUACCUACAAGUGCGGCAAAUGUAACGAAGGAGGAGGAAUUGCAUGCGUGGGUCCCAACACGUUCGCCUUAUGUUAUGGUGGAUCAACACCAUCAACCAUGAGAAUUGACUGUCCUGAAAAUGGUGUUUGCAACAAUUAUCUUGAAGGUGAUUUCUGUGGUCCACCUACACCAGGUUAUCGGGAAGCAGUUUGCAAAGAGAAUUUGCCUUUACUACAGCCUACCCAACCGACACAACCACAGCAUCCACAUAUGCCAUCGCAUCAUUUACCUCACCACCCUCCCCCUCUUCAACCGCCUCAGAUGUCAUCUCAGAUGCCUCAAAUGCCUUCCCAUCAAAUGCCCCAGCAUCCAUCACAACAACUCCCACCGCAACAGCACCAGCCCCAACAGCACCAGCCUCAACAGCACCAGCUCCAACAACAUCAACCCCAACAACAUCACCCCCAACAACUUCAGCCUCAACAACACCAGCUCCAACAGCUCCAGCCUCAACACCAACCACAAGAACACCAGCCACAGCAACACCAGCCACAACAACACCAGCCACAACAACACCAACCACAACAACACCAGCCACAACAACACCAGCCACAACUCCACCAACCUCAGCCUCAUCAGCCUCCUCAUUAUCAACCCAUUCAGCACCAACCCUCCCAUCAGCAAACGCCGCAUCAGCCGUCACAUCAAUCCCCCCUCCAACCCUCAUUUCAAUCUCCCCAUCAACCGUCACUCCAAUCCCCCCACCAACCUUCGCACCAGGCCCCCCUCCAACCAACUCACCAGCAGCCUCAUCAACAACCUCUCCAACCUUCUCAUCAGUCCCCUCUUCAACCAAGUCAUCCAUCCCAUCAUCAGCCGUCUCUCCAGCAGCCCCAUCAACCUUCACAUCAAUCACCCCAUCAACCUCAACAUCAGUCUCCCCAUCAGCCUCUUCCUCCACCCCAUCAAGCACAUCAACAACCUCACCAACAGCCCCCACAUCAUCAGUUACCCAUCCACACCACACCAGCCCCCACUCCUCAAACUACACUCGGAUAUCCCACCACCUUCAACUACCCGUAUCACACAUCAGCCCCCACAACUGCUGCACCGCCUUCGAAACCCUUAACUCCACAACAGCGGUGCUCUGUACGUGGCAGGCCAGGAAGAUAUCCCGUCGACGCAUCAAUGUGUAGAAGCUAUUUGUACUGUUAUGUAACUGGUGGUUCUCUGACCGGACAAGAGCUCAAAUGCCCAGGAACAACCGCAUUUAACGCCGACAUGCAAAAAUGUGUUCCACCGGAUACGUACUCUUGUACUGGCGGGGGUACCGCAGGACAAUUUGUCUAACCUUAACUAAAGCUGUAACUGCAACAAAUAACAAAUUAAGUUAAUGAAAUUGUUAGAGUUUAUUGCAUUGUUUAAAUAUAACGAAAAGAGUGAAUUGUUAAUAAAUAAUAAAGUUAUAAAUGAUUCGUUUCCAGGAGGCAUUAACUGGAAGGAAUAGUGCAAAA